AAUUUAGGCACAUGCAGUGUGAAAGCCUGGUUUUGGAAGUGGUUUAUAUGUUUGGGAAAAUACAAAUCACUUCCAAAAUUUGUUAUUUUCCUGGUCGUAAAUUACAAAGUGUGUGAAAUAAUGAUCACAUAGUUCAUAUCCAGCUUAAGGCGCAGACGGCAGGAAAAUGGGAUCGGUUGGAAAUUAUUGUGGGCUAAUGGUCCUCCUAGGGUUUGUUUCCUUUGUGUUCAGUGUGGGUCCUCGCCCCCGGAAUAACUUUGAAGGUGCAGCCGCAAACGAAGCUGAUUCUCAUAAUGUAGCCAUUUUGGAAGAGCUUAAAACCAUCACAGACUUGAUUCUGAGGAGCCAAAAGAAAGAGGAUCCUAUGAAUGUGGGUGUACCUGUCGUUCACGACUGCUCUACACUGAGAGAAGCUGGAAUCAGGGCCAGUGGAGUGUACUCUCUAUUCCCAUUCACUUUCAAGGUUUACUGUGACAUGGUAACUGAUGGCGGUGGCUGGACAGUCAUUCAGAGAAGGGUUCCAGUUGAAAUUCAUGAAGAUUUCAACCGAACUUGGUUCGACUAUAAAGUUGGCUUUGGUGAUUUGUAUGGAGAAUUCUGGCUUGGUCUCGAGGCACUUCAUCAACUGACUUACAGUUGGCUUCAUGAACUGAGAAUUGAUAUGGUCGACUAUGAACAGGGGCCAAAACAUGCCACUUACAAGAUGGUAAGUGUUGGCCCAGAAUCAGACGGCUAUCGUUUGCGAGUGUCCAACUAUUCUGGGAAUGCAGGAGAUGCACUAUCUUUAUUCCAUUCUGGAAGACGAUUCUCAACAUUAGAUAAGGACCUAGACUUAUCCAGAAAUAAAAGCUGUGCACAAGAAAAGGAAGGUGGUUGGUGGUUUCAUGCUUGUUAUGCAGCCCAUCCUAAUGGUGUAUAUCCUACAAAACCUAAAAGGGAGACCAGCAGCUCAAACAUUCGCUGGUGGAAGGACCGUGAAAAUGUUUUCGUUUUAACAGCGGUGGAAAUGAAAAUACGCCGGCACAGGAAUGACAAGGAAGGGACCAUUCCAACAGCGACUCCCAAAAUAGAUGAUCACUGGAUCGUAACCACAGAUAGUUCAUUGCCGUCUUUAGAUGAAGAUAUUCAUAAACAUGAAGAAACAGAUUACUCUCUCGAUUAUGACUUCACUUGGAAUUUUGAUGAUGAAAUAUCCUUUGCAGAUCCAGAAGCUGGAGGAGUAGAUGAAGAGUAUAAUAUUACUCAGCAUAGUGGACGUUCUGAUACCAAUCCCUGGUGGAUUUUGAAUUCUCUUGGAUUUGACUAAUUUCAUGAUGAAACCAUUCUCUGUAAGAAGAGAACUAAGUCCCUAGCAACAUGAUACUUAGGCUUGAAAUCAUUAACCCAGUAUUAGCCCACCAUUCACCCAGAAUGGUUGCUGUAGUUACAAGUCUUUGACACACUUAAAAUAGUACUCAGAUGAUUCAUUGUAAGCUAUCUGGGAUGAAGUUGUAGAACUACCAAAUCAAACUUAAUACAUACAUAUCUAUAUGACAAGAAACUUUAAUCAAGCCCAACAGGAUUCAAAUAGAGCAGUUUUUGCUCACAUACACUACAAACUUGGUCAUCAGCAUUAUUGCAAAUGAAAUAUAAAAUCCACUCAUAGAACCCCAUUUUGCCUAUUAACAAUUAAAAUAUAAAUAAAACCACCUAGGUACAAUAAGAUGUAACAUUAAUACAUGUUGUUUGACAAUACGUAUCAUUCAAAGUGUAC